GGUCGUCCUAUAGUUACAACCACAUCAUUCGCAAAUCACAACAUGGCACUUCCAAAUUACCACUAUGCCCGCAUCAAUGACAGUGAGAAUAGCGAAAAGACUACUAGACAGAACGAAGAGUCGUCUCGCACACGAUGGCUGCGUCAGUACCCAGGUUUUAUUCUUGCCAUUGUGAUCGUCCUAUUAUGGACCAUGACAAGUCUCAUCAAAAUCAAUUACAAUGAAACCGAUGUCACUGAUGGAGGAAACUCCUCGCAGAAUGUCUGGCUGAGAUACGGAUGGUGGUCCAAAUACAGCACCAAUGACAACCACAAUAUCACAGCGGUAAAGGAGGUCGACCAAGCUUGGGAUGAUAUUGCUCCAGGUCAUGGUACUGUUGCAAUCGAUCACCAACGGGCGGGUGAUCUAGGCCUUCCGCGGAGCAUGAGCCUUCCUAACGAUCACUCAAAAGGAGUGUAUAUCAUAGACGCAUAUCAUCAGAUACACUGUUUGACCAUAAUCCGCAAGACGCUACGCCAAUUAGAGAGAAAGGAACCAGUAACAUGGCCUGCCGGACAUACGAUACAUUGUUUCGAUGCAUUGCGCCAGUAUAUCAUGUGUACUGGAGGUGACACCUUACUCUAUACCAGAGGUCGCAACACAACAGGCGAUGGACAAUUUCGUCAAUGCAAAGACUGGGCGAAGCUCCGGGACUGGGCCACUUCACAUACGGCCUGCUAUCGGGACAGCGAAAAGUCUAUACCGCUAGAAGACCAUUUCGGAUAUUGCGAUAACGGUAAUGAUGGUCUCUGAUGGAUUUAUGGAGAUUAGGAGGUUCGAGAAAACAUGUUUUUAAGCUAUGCUCGUCAGGACAAAGCAAAAACAACGUUUUUUUUUCAUGGUCUUCCAGAUAGCAGGUGCCCAGGGUACUCCGAUGGGGAUGGUGUUUAGUAGCUCGUUUUCUAGGUAACAAAACCAUAAUAGUUCGCUUGUAAUGUCAUGAUUCCGCCCAGAUUUCAUUCCAAAAUGCGCGACGAAAUCAAUGCAGAGAGCCAUCGUAACGAUCGCGAUUUGCCAGGCAAUGAUCCAGACAACAAGCCAUAAUUAUCGCGAUAACAGGCUAAAGACAUGCAGUAAUUGCGAUGACAAGUAUAGUAAUGAUCUACAACACACAUGCACAUGUAUGUACAUUUACAGCGCAGCACCUGUCACUUAGGACUGGGCCUGGCCAUGAGCUCCGCCCCAGAUCUUCACACUUAACACUGCGAAUCUCUGCAAGAUCCUACGCGAUGAGUGGACUCUUUCGGAUCCUGAUGCAAACAUGUAUGCGGCCGGGCGGCUAGUGUGGGAUUCAAUGACGUACCCUUGUCAAGCUCUCACAGUAGGAUACGAACUAAGCCUGUGCAUACACGAUGACUUCU